AUGGGUCAGUUCCGCUUGAGGUUCGAAAUCAGGGUUCUGCAGACGCGUGUGCAGGCAAACCAAUGUGCAAGUGGACCCUGUCAGAAUGGCGGAACGUGCACUAACACCUAUACUGGUUUUCACUGCGAGUGCCGUUCGGCCUUUGAUCUUUCAAAAUAUUUGGACAUAAGGCUGCGCGACGAAGCCAACACAAUGUACCCCACAGAGGAGGACUGCUUUUCAGUGGGCGUUAAGAUCUACGAGGGAACAGAGGACACUGGAUCACCACGUCUCCAAUACUGCCGAUCACAUCCACCCGCCUUGAUCUCCCAUGGCCCGGCGCUGACUAUCAGUGUACCUCUUAUGCUGGUGGAGGAAUUCGAGGGCUACUGCAUGGUCAUGGACAGGGCCUGUGGCAGCAUUUAUUCAGCCUUGUCUGGCCGAUUUUGUUCACCUGACUAUCCUGACUAUCACCUAUGCAUCUGGGUUCUGCAGGCCAAUCAGGGCAACUCCAUCAGUCUUACCUUGGAGGCAAUGGAUAUCGAGGAAUCGGAGGGUUGUAAUAGGGACUAUCUGGAGGUGCGCGAGGGUUCGGACAAGGGAAACCUAAUUGGGGCCUACUGUGGCAAGCAGGUGCCUAUGACCAUUCACUCGCAAAGUUCUAUCUGUAUGAAGUUCAGGAGCGAUGACGUCAAUGUGGGCGAUGGAUUUAUGGCUUCCUACAACUACGAGCACCACAACUAUUUUAAUGGCACUGAUGUCUUUGUGGAAUCGGCGCACUAUCCCAGCAAGUUCGAGGAUUCCAACUCGUACAGCUGGCUUAUUACCGUGAAUGAGGGAUAUGUGGUAAUAAUAAAAGUGCUCAACCUUAGGGAUGUGGACCAAGAGCAUUUGCUAUUCUACGAUGGUUAUUCGCCUAAUGAUCCUCCUAUCGAGGUCAUAGACCGAAGCGCGAAUGCAGUCUACUUCACGGCCAGCAGGGGUCCCUUCCGACUAAGUUGGCAGCGGAUCAUCACUACUAAAGAGAAUGUGACCUCUUGUGGCCACCAGCUAAUCACCAUCGAUGCCACGACCGUCAAUCGACGAGAAAUGGUGUUGCAGUCACCAGGCUAUCCAAAUGGCUACGAACACCAAUUGAACUGUGCUUGGAGUUUGCUUCCCUCAAAUAAGGCAGAACAUGUGGUUCUUCAGCUGAUUGACAUUUAUCUGAAGGUUUUUAGUAGUGCCGACGAGUGUCUAGCAGAUUACGUGCAAGUCUCCAGCAGUAAAGACCUCAAGACAUGGUCAAAAUUAAGUACAAUGUGCAGUAUGCCCAAUGACGGGAAUGCAACAAUUUUUCACGGUAAGCCGUAUUUCCGAGUGGAUUUUAGGACUGAUGCUUCGAGGAUAAUAUAUAGGGAGAACUGACGACCGUUUCAAAUAGGGCGUAUUUAAAGCAAAAUCCAUCUCUCCAAAGUCGAAGACGAGGAGUCCAUCAGUUCACCCGCGGAUCAGGGCUUCAGCUUCCGCUACAACUCAGUGGGCUCCCGCUGUGACGAGACCAUGGUGCCCCCGGUUUAAUGUCGAGCAAAACGUGGUUAAUGAUAUGGCCUUCCAGGGUUCUAAUCUCACCCAGCCACUUUACUGCAUCUACGACAUCAAGCCACCGUUAAACAGCACCAUUCUGAUUCAGGUGAAGCAGUACGACAACAGCCCUUUAAUGAUGGCAAGCUAUACCUUUUGCGAAUCACACUCACCGCUCUCCAUAACC